UGCCACUCGGCUCUGUGUCUUUCGGCCAGAGAAUAGAAAAGUUGGGGCAAAGUCUGAGUCAGCUCCGGCGGCUACCAGACACUCACAGCGACUCCCUCCACAGUGACAGGUUCCUUCUCUUCCUCUCUCCUUUUUUACAGCUCUCUCACUCUUUCACUCUCUCUCUCUCUUUCACACACACAUACGCACAGGCACACACACACACACACACACACACACACACACACACACACACACACAACCCUCCCGUCACUCCUGGCAGAGGGAAGACAGGACCACAGGAGAACUGUUACACACCUUUACGCCCAGCUACUCACCCAGCCAUCGCCAGACGCUUUGCCCAGGAUGUGGACGCUUCUCUUGGGGGUCACCUUUGGAUUACUGGCCUCUGCCAGUUCGCAGCAACUUCAAGUGAAUUCUCGCAGCUGCAGCUAUGCCGGGGUGUUUCUGGUCGAGGGAGCAAGCCGCCACUCCCUGAACUUUGACAUGGCUGAGAAGGUGUGCAAGCAGCUGAAGAGCACAUUGGCGAGCCCAGAACAGGUCCAGGCAGCCUACAACGAAAGCAUGGAAACAUGCAGGAACGGCUGGACCAACAACGUGAGCAUUGCCAUCCUCAGACACACGCACCAUGAAAACUGUGCCAAGAACAUGACUGGGUUCAUCGUUAAUUUACGUGUAAAUGCAGAGGAUCCCUUCGAUGCCUACUGUUAUGAUGACGAAGCCGGGACUGAGAAGAACUGUGACCACGCCUUCACCUUGAAUUACCAUUUAUCUUCAGAUGAACCAGAUGAGCCCUCAGCACAGCAUCAGGCCCCAACCCCAGCAGAAGGCCAGGAAGAGGCAACUGCAAAAACACCCCCUGAGGGUGACAGUGAGGGUGGUAACCCCAUGGUAGCCACCGGGGAAGAGGUGGAGGUGAUCAUGACCCCGUCAGCCACUGCAAUCCCCACAGAACUGACUCCAGAAGAGCCAGAGGCCGCCACGGAGGGUCCCGCUGUGGACGAAAAACACUUUGGAAGGAGUGACAACAGCACCGUGGAAUUCACUCCUGGGGAGUUUGACCAGCCCACUGGUUCUGGGAUGCUGCCACCCCUCUCCGAGGAGGACGGAGCCUCUCCGAUGGCCCCUGUCGGAGAACCAGAGGCAGCACAACCCACCACUGAAAAUGAGCAACAGAACGAGACAAUAGAGCCCGAGGGAGAUUAUGGCAGAACAGAGCCUUCACAACCACAACAACCUAAUGGCAAAGGACGAGUCCUGGGUCCCGCUGUGCCUGGGUCUGAUCAGCAGGAGGACAGCGGUUCAUCGAACUGGCUGGUAAUCAUUGGAGUGAUUGUGGCAGUUGCUGCUAUUCUCCUGGUGUGCGCAGCUGUUGCCAAAAGAAACACCUGGUGCGGCAAACAACAGACCCUGAUGAUCACACCCAAAGAUGGCGGCGAGGGGAACGGGGCGGCAUCAGCAUCCAGCUCCCACGCCCAGGAGAGAGAGCAGGAAAUGGUGACCCUCAUGAACAAGGAGAAGAUCCAGGAGAACGGCAACACGGAGGAGUUCACCGUCAUCACGCUAGAGGAGUCGCCAGACAAAGAGCAGCUGGCAUGAGAGAGGAGUGUAGAGGCAGACAGGAAGGAGUAGACAUUGCCUGUGGACUGGAGUUUGGUUUUUCCAUUUUCAAGAAAACUGGGGAUGUCACUACCUUAAUUUAUGCAGCUUUGGUUCCCUUUUUCUUGGUCUCUGUAUAUAAAGUAUAUGUUUUUUGGAAAUGCCUUAGCAAUAGCUGCCAGUGCUUUUUGUUGUUUGGUAGAAAGGGGCUUUGUAUCCCUUUUAAAUAAAGGAAUGUGUCAUUUUUCGAGGGUUAUUUAAUUAGAAACAGUACCUCUGAGGUAAACAAUUGUGAAUGGAUUUUGCAAUAGUCAAAGUGGAGUGGAUAUUGUAUGAAUCAAGUUGAUGAUUAGCAUCCAAAACUGCGCAAUUGAUGCACCACUGAAGUCAGUUGAUAUGGUCUACAAUUAUGUAGAGUUGUGAAUAUGAUGAUAUGAAGUCCCUGAUGUUAUCCUGAGGAUAAGUAGAGUGAUAAAGAUGAUGCAUACAUACUAUAUACACAGUGUGUACAUUGAUUAAAAACAAAAAAACAAGCAAUUGGAUAUGGUAGAUUAACCAUUUUUUAAACACAAGAUUUCAACUCAGUCGAGGCAAGUGAGUGACAGCGGCCUAGCUUUAGAUGCUAAACUACACGGCACAUAUGAUAAUGGGGGGCCCGUGUGCUGUAAACGCACAGCGAGGUGACGGUUUCUUCAUAUGAAAGAGGCCGUGACAACGCUGUGUGCUCACGAGGGGGAGGGAUGGGAUGAAUGAGGCUUGUGUGCUCGCCCAGGCCUCCAUGUGCCGGUCACUCUGUACAUUCACACGUGUAAACGAAAUGCUGCGGUUUUUCUACUGACCCUCUCAUUGGUGAAAUAUAUCAUACCUUGUGUCAUAUCAAUAUUAUUCCCUGUGUGACAGCUAAUCUCUCCUGGUCUUCAGUGAAACGCUGGAUUGUACACAGCGAUUGCAAACUGAUUUUUGUUCCUGACUUCUUCUACUUUGUUUUUUUCCUGCUUUUGCUCUUAUAUGAUUCAUUUUGAGAAGAAGUAGCAAAUGUACUAGCGUAGGCAGGUUUUAUCACAAAUUAACAAAAUACAUCGCUGAAAAAGAUUUGUAAAGUCAUGAAUGAAAUAAAUGUGUAUAGAAAGAGA